CAGAAGCCAACAGAAGCUUCUCUUCUUCCAGCUGCCUUUCCCCACUUUCUCCCCAGCUAUUCCUUCCUUCCCCUUUCUCCAAUCACCAUCCCCACCCUUCAUCCGCUGCCACAGCCACAGCCGCCGCUUCAUCUCAGUAACAACUAACAGGGCCGUUGCUCACCCUCUAACCCUGCUUCUCCGAUGAGCACGGCCCGCUCGUAGCGAGCUCGGUACCACCUCUGAGCGGUCUGUUGUUAUAGCGUUGUGUUCUGAACUCCUAGGAUAUGGAAGCAGCGUGGCUGCAGCCGCACCUGGGCUCGCCGCUGAAGCGGUGGCGAUGGCUGAUGUGGCAACGAGGCGGCGGGCAAAGUCUUCCUCUCUCGUCGCUGCUGCUCCUCGCGCUCGUCUUUCUGUCCAUGGCGGGUCCCCAGGUUGCGAGCUCCGUGUCCUCGAUUCAGUCGCUCCCGCUUCUGCUAUCGCGUCCUGCUGCGAGCAACGAGACCAAGUUCACGUCCGACCAGCAGUCGUCAAGGGGUUGCAAUCCCCACUCCGGGCCUGUCUGCUCGAGCAAUGGCAGGAGGUUUGCCGACGAAUGCGAAGCCAUGGCCGCCACUAAGGGUCGACUGACCGUGGGUCCCUGCACUGCGAAGCGGAACUACAGCGCAGGCAGGAACAGCAUCAGCAGAACCAUCCGCACGAUCAUCACUCACGUGUACCGCUCCUCCACUAACGCCACAAGCAGAACCAAGAUCGUUUCCGGCAGCGGCAGCAGCAGCAGCAGCAGCAGCAGCAGCGAUAACAUGAGCAGCAGGAGUAGCAGUAGCAUGAACGACGGCAGCGACGGCAGCAUGGAUGCUGACAGCAUUAUCAGCUCGAUUGGCUCGUCGGUAGAGGAGUCAUCGCCUGAUGCUUCAACAGCAGCAACAGCAGCCAGCUUGCUCAAGUCUCUGGUUUCGCCAGUCAAGUGCUCGUCCACAUGCCUGCGACCUAACCCUGUGUGCGGGGAAAACGGCGUCACCUUCUGGUGCGGGGUGCAGGAGGCGCAGUGUGCGGGGGCGGAAGUGGCCUAUGUGGGCGCGUGCGCGCCAGAGAGCGGAGUUCCGGGGCUAAGUCCGCGGACGUGGGAGGGGCUGGUUCUCGCGCAUCAAUUGUGGAUCCUUGUUGCCGCGGCUACAGUUCUAGCAGGACUCUUGUAGCAAACCGAACCUAAGCCUCGUUUCAAGACUUUGGAAGAUUAUCAAGAGCAAGAGCAUUAUCAGCAGCUAAGCUCUAGUGAGCAGCAACGGCAGUCUGUCAGGCUGCAGUUCUAUUUAGGUACUUAGGACCAGCGAUCGUCUUCUGUGCCAGCUGCCGCUGCCAAAUCACCUGGUGACCGCGGCACCCCUCCUCCCCAGCUCCCUGCUUGCAAGCCAUCUGCAAAGUCGUUAGGACCUGUUCACUAGGCAGCUCCCUAGCAUUAGGUGAUAAAGUAAUAUCUAUGCAAACUUGACAUAGUAGAUUAACAGAGGAUAAUGUGUUUUCCAUGUAGAUGUGAUUAUUAGGGGUGAGACCUAACAAAUGACUUGGGUUAGU